GGCACUUGGCAGUGGUAACGAAGUGUAGUGUGAAUGUAUCGUUGAACGUCAUAUAGGUAUAUUCGAAAUAGCCUUUAUUGCCAAAUAUUAAAUAAUGACUGAGUGAACAAAUUGCCCCGAACUUUCACAAAUGAAUUACGAAAUGUGUGCAUCAUACGAGACGCUACUUCGGUGGUAUUGAAAUCUAAGAACUAGCCCAGCUCCUGUGUCGAUCGAAAAUCACUUGCUGACCCAUAACUCGCCUCCAUACACAGCUAUGGUUGACACGUUGAGUGAGUGGGUCGUCGCGUGAGCAGCAUGUCGGUGACGGGCGCGGGCGGCGCGGCGGGCGUGCGGCGCUCGCACGCGCUCGUCCUACUGGCGCUCGGGCUGCUGCUGCUCAUGCUGCUCGCCUCGCACGCGCCCGCGCCGCCCGCACGGCCCGCGCCCGCCGCGAUGGCGCCGCCCGUGCGGUCCGCACCACCCUCGCCGCCCGCGCCGCUUGCCACUCGCACCCGCAGCAACCACAGCGCGGCCGCGUCCACGUCCCCUCCCACUAACAGUAGCAGCAGCAGCAGCACGGUGAAGGCCGUGUCGCGGGCGGGCGCACCGCUCACGGGCCAGCUGUACGCGGCGGGUCACCGGCGGCCGCACCCCGAGCUAUGCCCGGCGCUGGGCGCGCGCCUGCGGCUGCUGGUGCUGGUGACGUCGGCGCCGGCGCACGCGGCCGCGCGGGACGCCGUGCGCCUCACGUGGGGACACUACGCGGCGCGCCGGGACGUGGCCAUCGCCUUCGUGCUGGGCACGGCGCCCGACGAGCUGCGCGCGGCCAUCGACGCCGAGGACGCGCUCUACGGCGACGUGGUGGUGGGCAACUUCGUGGACGCGUACUCCAACCUGACGCUGAAGACGGUGUCCAUGCUGGAGUGGGCCGACACCUACUGCCCGCGCGCCGGCGCGCUGCUCAAGACGGACGACGACAUGUUCAUCAACGUGCCGCGGCUGCUGCGCUUCGCGGCCGCGCGCGCCAACGCGUCGCUGGCGGUGUGGGGCCGCGUGAUCCGCAAGUCGCUGCCCAAGCGCACCACCAAGUCCAAGUACUUCGUGUCGACGGCGCAGUUCGCGGGCAAGGUGUUCCCCGACUUCGCCACGGGCCCGGCCUAUCUGGUGUCGCGCGACGCCGUGCGCCCGCUGCUGGAGGCGGCCGCCCGCGAGCCCUACCUGCCGCUGGAGGACGUGUUCCUGACGGGCAUCGUGGCGGGCAAGCUGGGCAUCAAGCGCCACCACUCGGCCGAGUUCUACAACAAGAAGGUGGCCGCCCACCCGUGCGCCAUCCAGCGGGCCAUCUCCAUCCACAUGGUGCAGUACCACGAGCAAUUCGACCUCUGGCGCAAGCUGCUGGACGGAAAGACCAAGUGCACGUGAUCACCGCGACCUCCAUACUGCAUCACAACUGUCGCUCGUCUUCUAAUCAAUUGUGGUUACGUUACCACUCUAUUGAGUGAUUCACUCCUCUUUUUGUAUAUUGAAUUGAAUAUUUUACUAAAUCAUACUUAUGUAUUAUAUAUUUUGUUAGCGCGCGCCCUCUGGCGGGUGACAUGAAAAUGUUUUUCAACGUGAGCAGAUACACGAGUAUAGUAUAUGUAUGAAGUACAAAUAGGAAAAUACUAAAAUUAAUCGUUGUAGCUGUCUGUUCAUUCUGAUACAUUGUAUAUUUCACAU